AUGCAGAGGGUGCAGCUGCAUAUAAAGGGGAAGGUCACUCAGCUUUAGUCACUUCAGCAGUAGCUAGUAAGCCAGAUGAACAUGGCUCUCCUCAUCCACCUGUUUAUGUGUGCUACGGUUAUUUUCACAGCACACAGUUGGGCUGAUGAUGAUAUGAAGGAAGCAGUGCUCCAAAAACUCGGUCUAAUGGACUUCCCUAAGAUUGAGAAGAGAGACUUGGAGAACCUGGUCAUCCCAACUCACGUCAAGAACAAGUAUGUUUCCAUGCUGAGGAAACACAACAACAGAAGAAGGAGGUCUCUGCCAAGCCUGGCCGGAAUUCUCAGACGCAGUCACACUGGCACAGACAUACCAGGGGAAAUUCAUUACUCAGACAGAACUCAGCAGCGCCUUGUAUUUGACAUGGAGACGAGGCUGCAGGAAAACAGCGAGGUCACCAUGGCAGAGCUCAAACUCUACCAGACAGCUCCACGGCAUCAGCACACAUUCGAGAAAAAGAAACAGAGACCUGUCAGCAAUGCCCGAGUCAGCAUUUACUGGGUGGAGGGCCUGGGCAAUGGCUCCAAUCAAACAGCACUGAUAGACUCAAGGCUAGUGCCACUACAUGAGUCUGGCUGGAGAAACUUUGAUGUGACUCAAGCAGUUCAUUACUGGUCAAAGUCCCAGAAGAAUAUGCCACUGCAUUUGGAGGUCUGGGUUGAGGGAGAGAGGCCUGGCAGAUACGCAGCUGAAAUGGCAAAAAGAGUGAGCUUCACCACGCAACAAACAUCUGAAAACACCCUUGACAAGAGUGCAGGCACACCGGAGCUUAUUUUAUACACCUUAAAUUUAGACGAAUAUGGGUCUCCAGGAGACUGCAGGCAGAACACAGACAGUGUCAUGUGCUGUCGGGAGGAGCAUUACAUAAACUUCAGAGAGCUUACAUGGACACAGUACUGGAUCAUCGAACCUGCUGGCUACCAGGCUUUCCGAUGCACAGGAGGGUGCAAGCAGCCCAAGCGCAGUUAUGGCUACGGACGGAGGACUUGCGGAGUCGCACAAACUGCACCACUGCCUGUCAUGUACCUGGUGAAGAAAGGCGAGCACGCAGCAAUCGAGGUGGCUGAAUUCCCAAACAUGAUUGUUGAAAAGUGUGGAUGCUCCAUGGACAAACUAUUCACAGCUUGA